GUUCAAGUAUGGGGUUGCUUCUGUGGUCUUCAAAUGGAACCCAUCGUCAAAAUUGAAGGAUUGGAAAUAUUAACUGAUAAUAUGCUACCUUACGCAGGAGGAAACAUGCCUCUACGCUGGCGGUUCCAGCACACAGCGAAAAUAAUAAAAACAUUUUUUGCAGAUCACAAUAUUAAUGUCAUUAAGUGGUCAGCUCAAGAGUCCAGACCUUAACCCCAUAGAGAACCUAUUGGAUUUAGCUGAUAAAAAAAUUCGGACUGAACAUCCAGAAAAGUAAAAAAAUAAUGCCCAACUAUUUGAAACAAUCGAAGUCGCCUGGAAUUCUAUUCCAAAAGAAACAGUAGCCUAAUUGGUUCUAUGAGAAAAAGGUGUGUAGCAGCUAUCAAAAAUAAAGGUUAUGCA